UUGUUGUGUGAGAUAUUUAUCGCAAUAUAUAUCGUGUCCUUGCCUGUGGUGCUGUCGGUUUCACUUGAUCGACAUUGUUUCCGCGUUAUCAACAAAAGACUGUGCAGUAUGGCGGCCACGACGCGACAAACAAAGGAUCUAGGCGUUCGGCGAUUGCUGAGUCGUUUGUCACGAUGGUAUUGCCUUAUAGGCGUAUUUUGUCUAACAGCCAUUGGCACAGCAUUUACACUAAUGCUUAAUUACAGUGAGCCGAACGACCUACUCCAACUGAAGCUGCACAUCACCAGGGCAACAACGCCGUCCGAUAAUCAACUGCGAAGGUCACUGGAGGAAAUAGUUUGUAACUCACGUCACUGGAGUAUCAAUAGAACGCAAAUAGCAGAACUGCGAAAUAGCCUUGCCAGACACAUGAACAACAGACAACCGUUUCUCACCCAGGAAAACACGCCCAUUGGUAGGAAGUACUUCAAUACAUAUCUCCAACUUCCCAUGCAAAUUGACAAGUCUAAGCGAACUCUUCUUCCAGAAACAUCACCUUUCGCGUAUAAUGCUGGGGUUAAAACGUGCGCUGUCGUCGGAAAUGGUGGUAUUUUGAAAAACAGCGGUUGCGGCAAUGACAUUGACAGAUCGGAAUUGGUUUUUCGUACGAACUUGCCGAUACUCAGCGGUUUCGCAGACGACGCGGGAAGACGCUCGAAUCUGACAAGUAUAUCCCCAUCCACAGUAUCCUUGCAAAAGGUCAACAAGCACGGCGAUUUUAAUAAAUCGAGGGCUCUGAGCGUGUUCACUGAAUACAACGGAUAUUUAGUUUGGGUACCGAAUAGCUGGUGGGUGUCGCACAACAUGGCAUUUAAAGUAUCAGAACUCGUACAUAAAAACACAAAGCUUAAACUUCUUCUAUCAGAUCCGGAAUAUUCUAGGAAAUUUGGAGAUUUCUGGCAAUUUGGUCGACAGAUUCUGUCCUCUGGAAUGACUAUGAUUAGUAUAGCCUUGUCUGUGUGCGAAGAAAUUCAUGCUUACGGAUUCUGGCCGUUCCCCGUCAACUCAGAAGGAGACGCUCUUCCGAUGCAUUACGCCGAAGACCUCUCCUGGUCCACGUACAAUAACACCCACGACUAUCGAACGGAAUUUGAUUUGUUAACAAAGCUACACCACCAGGGAGUUCUAAAACUGCACAUUGAGAAAUGCAGUGACUGA